AUGAAACUAUCAUCUGGACUUGCUGCCGCUGCAUUUUUUGGUUUGGCGCUUAGUGCGCCUGCUCAUCGCCCAAAAUUUAUGAGAAGUCGGGAAAACUCAGCAGGCAUGCUUUCCUUAGACGUUACCAGACGCGAAACUCCAGUAAGUGUGUCUACUCUUAAAGCUGCCAUGCUAGCUCAAAUGAACGCUGAUAUUGGUAAUAAAUCAAGUUUGGAUGAUUCGUUGUUUACAGUUGACUUGAUGAAUCAAAUUACACACUAUAGUGUGAAUAUUGGAAUUGGAACCAAUAACAAACAGUACCCAUUACUUAUUGAUACCGGGUCAUCAGAUUUUUGGGUAUCCAACUCAACGGAUAUUGUUGACAUUCCAUACGACUAUGCCAGUGAUAAAUCUAAAACCUUGACAACUAAGCCAUUUCAUAUCGACUACGUGAAGGGAUCCAUGGACGGGUUUUGGGCUAAAAAUACAAUGUACUUUGGCUCCCGUAUUGACGAUGUGGACUAUGCUAUUGUUCACAAAGGCGUUGAUUCACCCAAGAUUCGUCAAAGUUCAGGUAUCUUGGGUACAUCAUAUUCUUAUCGUGGUAAUAAAAAUUUGCCUGAACUUUUGGCUUAUCAAGGACUUAUCAACAAAAAUGCAUAUUCUCUUUCAUUAGCCAACUUUAAUGGAUCUAAUGGAAAUCUAUUGUUCGGAGGUGUAGAUCAUUCUAAGUACACUGGUGACUUGGUGACAGUUCCACGAGCAGACUUUGAAAAUUCGCGUCUUAAAACUCUCUCUGCAAAGUUAACUUCUCUUAAUAUUGACGGUAAGAGUUACACUAUCAAUGGUGAUAAAGGUAUUGUAGCACCGUUAGAUACGGGCACAACAUUAAGUUAUCUUCCGAGUGAUAUUUAUAAUCAACUUGCAUCAGCUUUUGGCGUUAACAGUGUUAAUACGCUUGUCUAUGGUGCCCCAUGUUUUGAUGUAUCAAAGUAUGGAGAUAAGGAGGUGACUUUCAACUUUACUGGAGCUUUAAUUAAGGUCAAGGGAUCCGAUCUUGCACUUGAUUUUAAAGAUUAUACUGGUGUUGAUCAAGGAAACAUGAAUAUUUUUGGUAUUUGGAGUAACACAUAUACGCGCGGGUAUAAUAUUCUUGGAGACACAUUUUUGCGAUCAGCUUAUAUUGUUUAUGAUUUGGAUGGUAAUACCAUUUCUUUAGCACAGGCUAAUCGGAACCCUGGUGCACCCGAUAUUGAAGUUAUUUAUGAUGAUAUUCCUGGAGCUAUCAGUGUUUCUGAAUUGUAA